AUGAGACUUCUCCUAUCCAUUGCCGGUCUCACAACGGUUGUCAAUGCUCUAGCUGUAAGGGCUGAUGGCAAUGUCACGUCUUCAACUGCAGUAGCCACACCUACUGCCUGGACCGGGUUCCCAGUUCCCACCGAGUACACACUUCCCCAAGAUGACCACGACUUCCAAGAAAGGAAGGAGGAAAUCAAGCUCAAGCGUGACACCAUCACCUACGUACCGUCAAUCAUCGGAGAAACCUCCCUCUUUAUUGGCGGCUCUGUCGGAACCCAGAUAGUUAGACAGGAGCAAGCCAAGUGGAUCCAAGACUUGACUCCAGUGCAGCAAGAUGCCUUCAGAGAGGGCAACGCAUCGCUCAAGGCCAUUCAAGAUCAUGGCGGGCUCAAGACUUUGGAAGACUACAAGAUUCUGUACGAUGGCCACUGGUCUGGCUCAGUACCUGGCGGCAUUGCCCAAGGCCAAUUCAGCAACUUCACCUCAGAUCUCCUAUUCGCAAUGGAGCGGCUAUCCACAAACCCCUACGUUGUCUGCCGCCUCAACCCAGAGUCCGACAAAAUCCCAUUUUCUGUCGACGCCAACAACGUCACCCAUCUCACGGGGACAACCCUCGACACCCUCUUCCAGUCUGGCAGCCUCUUCCUGGCAGACCACAGCUACCAAGCUGAGUACACAGCCCAAGAUGGCCGUUACUCCGCCGCCUGUCAAGCGCUCUUCUUCCUCGACCAGCGUUCCGGGCAAUUCCUCCCACUGGCCAUCAAGACCAAUGUCGGCUCCGACCUAGUCUACACACCCCUGGAUGACCCCAACGACUGGCUUCUCGCCAAGAUCAUGUACAACGUCAACGACUUCCUCCACGGCCAGAUCUACCACCUCGCCAACUCCCAUGCUGUCGCUGAGAUUGUCAACCUGGCUGCCAUCCGCACGCUCAGCAGCCAGCACCCGGUUUUCGGACUCCUGCAGCGCCUCAUGUUCCAGGCCUACGCCAUCAGAGCGACCGGUGAGAUCGCGCUGUUCAACCCGGGCGGGCUAUUUGACCAGAGCUUUGCGUUUUCCAACGUGUAUGCGAGGAAGUUUGCGACGGAUUUCUAUCCGACUGUCGCUGGCCCAUUUCAGGCGAACUACUUUGAGGAAGACCUCCGCACGAGAGGACUGCUGAACGCCUCUUACGGUCCAGAGUUGCCUCACAUCCCCUUCCACGAAGAUGGCCACAAAAUUAUCGACGCUAUCCGCACGUUCAUUGGAACCUUCGUCGACACGGUCUAUGAGUCUGACAAAGUGCUGGCUGAGGACGCAGAAAUACAGGCCUGGAUUGCCGAGGCUAAUGGUCCUGCCAAAGUCAUCAACUUCCCUUCCGCCCCGUUGAACACCCGGAAGCAGCUUGCUGAGAUCCUGACCCACAUGGCCUGGCUCACCGGCGUAUCUCACCAUGUGCUGAACCAAGGCGAGCCCUUCACCACCUCGGGCGUCCUGCCUCUCCACCCGGCUUCGCUCUACGCCCCCGUGCCGACGGCUAAGGGCGGUAUUAAGGACCUUCUCCCUUGGCUGCCCAACGAGCAGAAGUCGGUCGAGCAGAUCUCGCUCCUUGCGCGCUUCAACAGACCAAAGAUCGUUGAGAACAACGAGACACUACUACACAUGUUUGACGUCAAGACUCUGCUCUCUGGCACUGGGGAAGCUGUGAAGGCUGCCAAUGAACAAUUCAUGAUAGCGAUGGGCAUAAUCAGCAAGGAGAUCAGUACACGAAAGUUUGAUGACCAAGGAUUGAGCCAAGGGAUGCCAUUUAUCUGGACGGGUAUGGAUCCUGGGGUGAUCCCAUUUUACCUGAGUGUCUAA